CAUCCUCUUCUGCUCUUACUAGGCUAGAAUCAAAGACGAAGUCAGGAUGCUGAUUUUACAUUUCUUUCGCAGCCAUAAUUUUUCAAUCCUGUUAUUUUUGGGUUUUUAUGAGAUUAAGGAGAAAUUUGUUCGUCCGCUCUUUGAAAUUGCUCUCAAUGUUAAAUAUGAUUUGUGAUUGUUUUGUAUAUUGUGUUCUAGGGUUUAUCUAAAAUUUUGGUAAUAAGUUUGUUGUUAAUCUGAUUUCAUUUUUGUUGGAUUGGCUUGGGUUUUACGGGGUUGCUUUGUGCUGCUUCAUGAAUGGUCAGAUAAAGGUUCAAAUUAUUUUACUAAUGUAAGGAAAAUGACAUUUAUUUUCAAAACGGACCUAAUUUAAUUUUGAGUGGACAGUGAACUAUCUUGUGAUUGUGUUGCUAGCUUCUUCACGAAGUUGAAAACCUUCUAGCAACUAAACAUAGGCGAUGAUACCUGGCAAGUAGAUGUAUGUUUGAGUAUGGUCGUAUUAAAAUUGAAUGUGGAUGGAUGGUUAAUUUCUUUUGAUCUGUUAAAUCAAAGAUAAAAACCCAUUUUAUCAAAUUUACAUGGUUGUAUUUUAUUAUUAUGUUUGUGUUUUAUAGAAUGUCUCCAUCCACUAAUCAGAUUACUCGGAUUCCAUGUAGCAUUGUUUCAGUUUCCCUAAAUCCCACUAUAUCUCCCUUUUCUAUGAAUUGGUGCUUUAAAAGUGCUUGAAAUGCUAGCUAAACUUUUUCCUAAUCCUUUAUGGUGGUUCUAUAUGGAAGGCUAGUAAGAUACGCUUAUUUUUUUUUACCAAAAAAAAAAAAAAGGUUUGUGGAAGUGAUGAAUUUGAAACUAGUGGAAAACUCUUUUUUUCCUUCCACAACUACCCAACCCUCUUUCUUAAUUGGGAGUGCAUAUAAUCGACGUUGCUUUAUUACUUUUUAGGGGUUUUUACAUGCAUAGCAGUGCUCCAAACCUUCUAAUUUACACAUCACACACCCGAAACAUUCAAUUUACUAAUAAAGCACUUUAAACACAAAAUUUCCUAAAAUUUACGCCUCACUAUUCCUCCAGUCGCUUCUGUCACAUCCUCAACAAACUCGGUUUAACCACAUGCAAAAGCAGCAAAGUUCACUUCAGCUUCAAGCAUUGUCUCCUCGGGCGUGCCUCGGGCGUCUAAAGAAAUAGUUUGACAGAUAAAUAAACGGGUAGCAUGCCCACUAAAGCCAUCAGAAGGCGUCAAUAUCAUGGGGAAAUUGAUGAUAGUAAAGAUGAGCAUUUGAACAUUUACCAAUCAGAUUCUCUAAGAGAAACACUUCUUGCAGAGCAUGAUUUCAAAGACAAAAGUACUGAGGAUUCCAGUCAGAAGGGCCAAUGGAAGAUCUGGGAUAAGAAACGAAGAGAGCCUUUCUGCUUGACUUAUCUCUCUCAGUUAGUAAAUAACUGCAUAAGAUGGAUAGCAAGUAUUGUUGUUACCUCUGGUUCACUUCUAGGAAGGCUACUAUGUCCUCAGUCGACAAAUCAAAGUAGAAAGUAUGAUAAACAGAUUUUGUUGCCCUUUAGUCCUCUACAGGAAGAAAGAUUGCAGUACUUAAAGCAAAGAAUGAAUGUUUCGUUUGAUAUUUCUCGUGUUGAUCAUCAGGAUGCUUUGAAGCAGCUAUGGAAACUGGCUUACCCACAACGUGAACUUCCUCCGCUCAAAUCAGAGAAAUGGAAAGAGAUGGGUUGGCAAGGUGCAGAUCCCUCAACAGAUUUCAGGAGUGGUGGAUUUUUAUCCUUGGAGAAUCUCAUCUUCUUUGCCAAGCAUUAUCCAGAUUCCUUUCAAAGGCUUUUGCACAAACGGGACGGAAGGAGGUCUGAAUUUGAGUAUCCGUUUACUGCAGCUGGUAUUAAUAUAUCUUUCAUGCUUACUCAGAUGUUGGGGCUGCAACCAGAUGGCCAAGAAACUAAAGUUGGAAAUCAUUUUCUUGAACUACUGGAGUUGGAUGAGAUGGCUUUUGAUCAUCUUUAUUGUGUUGCGUUUCAGCUUCUGGACACUCAUUGGCUUUCUAAACAUGCAACUUAUAUGGAAUUCAAUGAGAUUCUGAAAUCUACUCUAGCAGAGUUAGAGAAAGAGCUUUUGCUGGAAAGAGUAUUCAAAAUUGCAGAUUUACCGGCAUACCGGUUGUUAAAUAGGUAGCAUUUUUUGUAUGAUAUUAGUGAAAAAAAAAAGAUUGUUUGUUGGUCAUAUAUUUGUUGAACUCCUGAAACUGCAUUUCUGAUGAAAUGAUAGGAAUGCUGCACAAAAUGAUGAAAUGGCACUCAAAUAUUGAUUGAUUUUUGUAUUUGAUCA